CUUCAGUAGGCAUAGUGGUGUAAACCGCCACAGCGUGUGGUGUCUCGCCAUAUCGCGGGGACCCAGUCGAUGAAGGGGGUUUGGGCCGGACGACUCUGCUGGUCUGCGAUAAGGAUGUAACAGUGUGGAAACAGGUCGCCUGUGGAUCUAUUUAAUCAAUCGCCUGCCCGUGUGCCUCCAGUCCGUCCUUAAGCGUGUGAAGGGUGUUUCCACAUCGAACCUAUUCACAGUGGGCCCUGCAAACUUUGCCGUUGAAGCAGCCAAGAUAAUCUUUGCGAAAAACCCACUGUCGAUCACUGUCGCAAACAUGCCGGGCCAAAUCGAUGACCUUAACAUGCCCGCUCGCAUGGACCACAACUUGGUGGUGGCCGCAGAUGGCGAUCCAGAGCGUCGGAAGAGCUCUCACGUAGUCGAGCCACCGGCGUUCUACGAUGGCAAGGCCGUGGCGCAAGAGCACUAUAUGGAUGAUUCGAGCGCCGACGACUUCCCAACUGAAGAAGAUUUCCGAACGCUUCGACGUGUCCCUGAGAAGAUUCCUGCCAAGGUCUACACAAUUGCCUUCGUCGAGCUGUGCGAGCGUUUGUCCUACUAUGGUGCCGUUCAAGUGUUUGUCAACUUUAUCCAGCAGCCAAACCCGGGCACUUCAACUGGCAGAGCUCUCGAUCCCAGCGCCGCAGAUGCUCAGCCAGGUGCUUUAGGCCUUGGACAACGUGCCUCUACUGGUCUGACCACGUUCAAUCAGUUCUGGAACUACGUGAUGCCGCUUUUUGGUGCCUGGAUUGCAGAUACGUACCUUGGCCGUUUUAACACCAUCUGGAUUGCAGUCUGCAUCUCUAUCACAGGUCACGUCAUCUUGACUGCGUCGGCAGCACCAUCCGUAUUGGCUCAUCCUCACUCGGCCGUUGCGGCGUUUGCAAUUGGUAUUAUUGUCAUGGGUAUCGGUACUGGUGGCUUCAAGCCUAAUAUCUCACCACUCAUCGCCGAGCAGAUUCCUAACGAGAGAUUCCGAGUUGAGGAGCGCAAUGGCGAGCGUGUCCUCGUCGAUCCUGCCGUCACUACCGCCAGGGUCUACAACUGGUUCUACUUCUUCAUCAACGUGGGCGCUUUGAUUGGUCAAAUCGGCAUGGUAUACGCUGAGCGAUAUGUCGGUUUCUACCUCUCUUUCUUGAUCCCAACACUGGUGUUCUGCACAUCUUUGCCUGUUCUCUUCUACUGCAAGAAAUUCUAUCGUGUUCGGGCACCCGAAGGCAGCGUCCUCGGCCCAGCUGUUAAGCUUCUGCUUUCGGCGACGAAAGGCCGUUGGCAUCUCAACCCAGUCGCCACCUGGAAACACAUGAACGACGGCACAUUCUGGGACUCUGUGAAGCCGUCCAAAUUCGAUGAAGCGUCUCGACCGAAGUGGAUGACAUUCGACGAUGCCUGGGUUGAUGAGGUUGCACGUGGUUGGGCUGCUUGCUCAGUCUUCCUGUGGUACCCACUGUACUGGCUCACCUACAACCAGAUCAACAACAACUUGACCUCCCAAGCCGCCGUCAUGGCUCUGCACGGCGUGCCAAACGAUGUCGUCUCCAACCUUGACCCGUUUGCGCUCCUGAUCUUCAUUCCGAUUUGCGACUUGUUCUUGUACCCUGCUUUGCGCAAAGCUGGUAUCAGAUUUACGCCGAUCAAGAAGAUCGCCAUGGGCUUUUUUACUGGUUCAAUGGCAAUGAUUUGGGCCUGCGUCAUCCAAUACUAUAUCUACAAGAAGUCACCUUGCGGUACACACGCGUCGACGGGUACCCUGCCUAACGGCGAUUCUUGUCCAAACGUUGACAUCAACGUCUGGGCCCAAACUGGCAGUUACGUCCUGAUUGCCUUGUCCGAAAUCUUCGCGUCUAUUACUUCGCUCGAAUACGGAUUUUCCAAGGCUCCAAAGAACAUGCGUUCGCUAGUCGCUGCUUUCGCCUUGUUCAUGACUGCCAUUUCUUCUGCAAUUGGUGAGGCUUUUGUGCCCUUGUCCACGGAUCCUCUUCUCGUCUGGAACUAUGGUGCCAUGGCUGUGAUCGCCUUCAUUGCUGGAAUCAUCUUCUUCUUCCAAUAUCGUACUCUCGAUAAGCUUGAGGAUGAGCUCAACGCCCUUCCAACAGGUCACGUAGGCACCGCCGAGCAGGCUGCUGACGUCGAGCGACGCCUCUCUGCCAUCAUCCCUGGCGCUCUUCACGACCGUGCUGCAAGCGCAUCUAAGGAAGGCUCUGUCAAGGAGAAGGCAUAAGAGGCAUUCGCUCGGAAGCAGGUGGACUGCCCGCAAAUUAAAAAAACGCGUCUGAUGCUACGGACUGUUGUGUAAUUAGAAUCUCCCUAAGGGAAGAGACCAAAGUGAAUACAUAUGAUCAGAAUGGCGAUCAUUUCAGAUCCAACUUGCAUUUGCUCUCUAGGUGCUACAAAACCAUGCUCAGCAAGCCGAUUCCAC